AUUUCUUCAUUAAAUACGAAGAAACGAAUGAAUUAAAAGGAAAAAUGGUUCCGAUCAAUUCUGAAAUUGUUGUAUACUAGUUGUGUUUCUGCAAUUUUGUUUUUUCUGACUGGCUAGAUAAUUUAUAUAUUUUGUGUCCGCGGAGGUAUGUGCGGAUCGGAUAGAAAUCGGUUUAAAGUCUAAGAAUCGGACACCUUUAGCAGAAUCAUGACAGAUCCGUACGGUGUAGCCCCGCUUCUUAUAGCUGGGGUAAUAUUGUCACAGCUGCAUUUUAUGUUAGGACUCGGAGUAAAUGAGCUGCUGUAUUUCCGCAUCCUCAGGCCUGAAGAUAUCGGGUACAUAUUCAGCGCAGCCCCUGCCCGAGACUUCGGUGGCGACUUUACCUCAUCCUAUGAUGAGAUCUACCUGGUUCCUGCUGAACCCUCGGAUGGCUGUUCGGAGUUAAGGAACAAAGAAAUGAUAGAGGGCCAAGUUGUCCUCCUGCAGAGAGGAGGGUGCUCCUUUGUUCAGAAGGCACGGGCUGUGGAAGAGGCCGGCGGACAGGCUGUGCUGAUUGCUGACAGCGCCUCUGACAACGACAGCCAGUACUUGGACAUGAUCACCGACGGUACUGUGAACCUGCCGAGCAUCCCUGCACUCUUCCUCCUGGGCCGUGACGGGCAUAUGAUUCGUCGAUCUCUGCAAAGGCAUUCUCUCCCGUGGGCAGUCAUCUCCAUUCCGGUGAACGUGUCUAGUCUGGCAUCUUUUCCCCUGCAGCAGCCACCCUGGACACUCUGGUAGAGAUGCUGAUUCUGGCUGUCAUACUGAGUGCUGAUCCAGCCUUGUUGCUUUUCGCGGGGGAAAGAUUUACACAGGAUUUUAUUAUUUAUGUUUCAGAUCUCUGGCAUGCUUUCUUUUGUGCUACUUAGGAUGCUCUGAUACUCUGCCCCAUACCCUACUGAGCGUGCUCUCUGAUGCUCCGCCCCAUACCCUACUGAGCGUGCUCUCUGAUGCUCCGCCCCAUACCCUACUGAGCGUGCUCUCUGAUGCUCCGCCCCAUACCCUACUGAGCGUGCUCUCUGAUGCUCCGCCCCAUACCCUACUGAGCGUGCUCUCUGAUGCUCCGCCCCAUACCCUACUGAGCGUGCUCUCUGAUGCUCCGCCCCAUACCCUACUGAGCGUGCUCUCUGAUGCUCCAACUGCUACUAUUCCAUUGUUACUGCAGUGAUUUCAGCCUGUAGAUUUCACUUUCCUUUUACUUUUGAGGCAAACAACUUUUUUUUUUUCCCCUGGGUAGCCAACUGAACCAGCUGUUCUUGUAGUUUACAUAUGAGCUGAACAACAGACAUGAGUGCUUAUCAGAUACACUGAUAAUUUUACUUGAUUAUAAAACUUAUAUGACAGCAUGAUGUCACCUUGAAUCCCUUUAUUGUUUUUAAGGACUCCACUGUCUUGAAGGUGUGAUUUAGCCAUUAACUGUGAGCUAUUGUAAUAAAAUUGGCAUUCGCCUAUUUUGGUAAUAUAUUCAUUUAAUUUGAAUAAAAAUAUGUGUUGCUUUUUCCACAUUCAUGGAAGGUGGCCAAAAUAAACCAAAAUGGAAAAAG